AGGUAGGUCCCAUUUUGACAGCUGAGACACAAAAUGGUUGAGUAACCUGCCCAAGGACACCAAGUUAGGGAUUUGAAUGUUUAACUAAUGAGGAUGCUCUGAGCAGCAUUUCAGUGAAUACUUCUAUACAAAAGAUGGCGUCCUUUUUACAUACACACAGGGCCCUGCUGUCAGACUUGGACUUGAAUCCUUGCCUUGUGGCAAAUAGGCUGGCUUGACUUUCGUUCCUUCACCUCUAUGGGACUUGGUUUCUCUAUCUGUAAAAUGGAGAGCUGUCAUGUAUGCUUCUGAGAGUUGGCUGAGCUUGUAUAUGAAGCACUCAGUCCGGGCCUGGUGCUCAUGAGACAGGCCAUGUUAGCAGCCUGCUCGGAGGCCAGUGGGCUAUGUAGGGGAAACAGUCAGAAAAUACACUGGAUGCAGGGUGGCCUUAAUAUGUUGGGAUCUAGAAGGCAGAGAGAAGCCUCUGGGUCUCCCAAGGGGGUUGAUAUUUCCUCCUGGAAUCCCUGCCAUUGCCACAUCCCUACCCUGACCAGCAGCCUAGCCCCAGCCCUGCACACUCCAGAUGGAAGUGGGAACAGCAGAGGCUGGAGAGGAAAGCCAGCAAAUGGGCAGUGGGCGGAGCCUCCUGCUCAAGUCUGGCCUGGCUGGAAGGGGAGGGGGCUGUGGGACCGGGCGCGUCAGAUGCCAUCAGCUCAGCGGGGACCGUUAAAGUCGCUGUGCUGCCAGGCGGACCAGGGUGUCUGCAGAAGUCCCCUGCCUCCUCUUCGGACACCUCCUGCCUCUCACCUGGGCUGCCUGUCCUGGGUAUGAGCUCCUGCUGCAUGGUCUCUUGCACGCCUCUCUCUAGUUCUCUUCUCAAGUCUGUUUCUCUCCCCCUCUUCUCUGUUCUUUUUUCCCCUUUCUCUCUCUCUACCUUUCGUUCUUUCUCCCCCAGUUCCCACCCCACCCCCACGUUCUUUCUUUUUCCUCUUAUCAUCAUCUCUCAUUCUGUCUUGUACCUUUCUACCUUUCUAUAUCUUUCAUUCAGUUCCUCUGUAUCCUUUUUGGUCUUGCUCAUUUUUCUGUUUCUUGUUUUUCUUUCUCUCUGCCUCUUUCAUUCUCCGCAUCUGCUUCUCUCUGUGUCUUGCCCUCACUGCUGAAAGUGCAGCAGCUCAGAGACAAGAGAGCCCUCACUAAGCUUUGGGGAAGGUGGACCCUGCCCCUCUGAGGGCUUUGAAGGAGCCCACCUUAAGCAGGAUGGGUGAAGAAGGCGGCUAGGAUGGGGGGGUGGGGGAGAUCUUUCUUCUGGGCUGGUGGGAUGGAGCCCUGGCUUUGAAGUGGUGGCACCAUCUCACCCCAAGUCCUGAUCCAGGUUAGCUACUGUCUGGGCAUUUCUUCCUAUUGCCCCAUCCACUCAGUCUGCUGGGGUGGGAAGGGCAGGGUGUUGGGCCAGAGCUGAGUCAGCGGGUCUUCACUAAGUUCCCAGGGUUAGCAUCCUCUGGAUGGCAAUGCUGGAGAACACUCAGGGUUUGGUGCCUUUAUACUCACCCCCUCCAGGCAGCCAGCUCUGACUGCACAAGGCAGACGUGUGACCCCUUCAGCCAGCCAUGCCCCCGCUGCCCAGCACUGUGGGCCUGGCAGUCCUGUUCUUCUGGACAGGCCAGACAGUGCACACCUUGAUGCCCAAUGCCACCCUAGAGCUGGCUUGGACCAAGGGCACAGCAGUGCACUCCCUGAGUGGCCUGGGGGUGCCCCACUACCGGCGGAAGCACCACAUCUCUGCCCGGGACAUGAGUGCCUUACUGGAUUAUCACAACCGCAUCAGGGCCAGCGUGCACCCACCAGCUGCCAACAUGGAGUACAUGAUCUGGGACGAGCGGCUGGCCAGGUCUGCUGAGGCCUGGGCCACCCAGUGCAUCUGGGCCCAUGGGCCCUCACAGCUGAUGAGAUACGUGGGCCAGAAUCUUGCCAUCCAUUCUGGCCGGUACCGCUCGGUGGUGGAUCUCGUGAAGUCUUGGUCUGAGGAGAAGCGGCAUUACUUGUUUCCAGCCCCAAAGGAUUGCAACCCACAAUGCCCCUGGCGCUGCAGUGGCCCUGUGUGCUCCCACUACACUCAGAUGGUGUGGGCAUCCUCCAACCGGCUGGGCUGUGCCAUCCACACCUGUGGCAGCAUCAGCGUCUGGGGCAGCACUUGGCACCAGGCAGUGUACUUGGUCUGCAAUUACGCUAUUAAGGGCAACUGGAUCGGCGAGGCUCCAUACAAGAUGGGGAGGCCAUGUUCUGCCUGCCCCCCCAGUUACCAAGGCAGCUGCAGUAGCAACAUGUGCUUCUCUGGGCUCAAAUCCAACCGGCUCCUGUGGUUCUAAAUUUUCCCUGUGCUCUGGCGGGCCUUCAGUGGGCUUGACCCCCUAAGGGUCCCUCCCUAAAGAAGGGUCAAGGAAAAAAAAAAUUUUUUUAAUACAUGAAUUGGACUCUCUCCACUGAUAUGAAUUUUUCUUCCUGAUUCCAUUUUCUAAAUGUCUAGCAUGUGCCAGAAGAAAAUGACUGCCUUGCCUUCCUUCUUUAGUCAGUUGCAUCAUUCUUUUGUCUGGCCUGCAGGAAGGAGGCCUGUGUUUUCAAUUGACUCACUUCUCAGAGAGCCUGGGUUGGAAGGAACAGUGGCAGCAGUUUUGUGACUCUCAGGCCUCAAACUCACAAGUCUUUGGCCAUCCAAUAAAAGGUAUCUAUUAAAUAAUCUUAAUCCUGAAACCACCUUUAUCAAUCGGUUAAUAGUCAACUAGCUUCUGGGCAGCCUUUGAAGACCUGUGAUUCCCUCCUUGAAUUGAGAACAUUUUAGAUCUGAAUGUUAAAAAAUAA